CCUGGUCACGUGGGGCGCUGUGCCAGGGCCUUGUCACGAGCCGCAGCGCGGGUGCGGGGCGCGCGCGGCGGGCGGGAUGUUCCGCAUCGAGGGGCUGGGGCCCAAGAUGGACCCCGAGGAGCUGAGGCGGAAGAUGCGCCGCGAUGUCCUCGCCUCUGUCCGCAACUUCCUCAUCUACGUGGCGCUGCUGCGGAUCACUCCUUUCAUCCUGAAGAAGCUGGACAGUAUAUGAACACUUAAGAAGAUUCAGUACAUGAAAACAUUAAAUGGACUGUAGCUGCUUCCACCGUGUGUUAAUUACAGUGUGCCAGAGGCAGACAACCACUUCUAAAGGGUUAUAAAACGUUUCACUUAAUUAUAUCUGACCUGAGGAUGGUGGCCUAGUUGGGAGUACAGGGAAGAUCUCUCUUGUCCCUGCAGGUGAAAUAUGGUCACAGAAUAUUCUCUAGCCAUGACUAGUGAUGGAACAUUUCUUGUGCUGUUUUUAAAAAAAGCCCAUCUCCAUUUUGUAUAAAGUGUGAAGCGCUGGCGAGUUGCUCUGUUAUGCAGCUACCUCUGAACUGCCACGUGCUAUGGCUGUCAACCCUGCUGAGCCUGUCUGAAAAAUUAAGUCUUUAAUGAAUCCACAAGCAGUUUGUUUUGAAAUAAAUGGAAUAGCAGUUGUGUCACUUGAA